AUGCAAGAGCUUAACGGGGGAUAUGAAAAUGCCCGGGAGAUGAUGCAGGAGGUGCGAUUGUAUCUCGAGCAGAUUGGGGUGCAGAUGGAAGGGGAGGAUGAGGUCCUUCUGGAUUGUGGGCGAAAGUGGGAGGAUGUAUUUACGGUCGUUCAGACAGAUGGCGUGCGCUGGGGAAGGGAGAUUCGAUAUAAAUGA